AUGAGAAUGAGAAUUGUCUUGCGUCCAUGGCCGCUCUUUUUCCGCGCGUACCACUCCGUCAAGUCCACACCAAUUAUGUCUGGGAACAACAAGCAGCUAAAAGGCCAAAACAAGCCUAAACCAAAAAGUCCGCCUCUAACACAUUUCCUCUGCCUUCCACUGGUCAAUUCCGUUUCUCUACCCCAGCUAGAAACAUCUUUAGCCUCAUUCAAAGCUUCAAUCCCGCCAGCUUUCCCCUCAGAAUCCGAACAGCGCGAGCAACAAGAAAGCGCACUUAUCCCAGAUGCUGCCAUUCGUCCCGUUGGUACUCUCCACCUUACGCUCGGGGUAAUGAGCCUUCCUACCUCAGAGCGCCUUGAAGAAGCACUGCAGUUCUUCCACUCGUUGGAUCUGGCUGCCUUAUUGCGCACGGCCGCGGAUAACGCUGCGCAGAAACGACUACGUGCGUCAACGAGGAAUAGGGAUUCUACUCCUAUUGAAUCGACAGAAAAAUCUGAAAAUCAACAAAAAAUGACAAAUAAGUCCACUGGGUCGACAGAUCAGUCCCUCGCAACUGGCUCAGCAGACGAACCCUUCCAGGACGAGUCUGCUAAACCUCAACCCUUCACUAUCUCAUUAGAAUCCUUACAUGCUCUUCCGCGCGCGCGCACUGCGACUGUCUUACAUGCUGCACCUGUUGAUCCUACAUCUCGCCUCUAUCCGUUCUGCGAGGCUUUGCGGGACAAAUUCCUAGAAGCUGGGUUCUUACAGGGGGAGUAUAAAACCGAACCGAAAAAGACACCGCAGAACCAAAAAAGUGAGCUCCAGAACACACAGCAGGAUGAAUCAGCCCAGGAACAGGGGGGCUCUACUACGGCAACCUCUACCGAUAAACCAGCUGGAGAGGAGCCAACCCUCGUCGACGAAAUGCUCACGGAGCUGGCCCAAAAAACGGCACAACAGUCAACUCCGCUUGUGGCAAUAACCCCAUCACAACCACCAACAAGCGGAAGAAAGGGCAAACCAAAGGCCCGUCCACUUUUGUUACACGCCACAGUCGUCAACACGAUUUACAUUCGUGGAAGGAAACGGAAGCUAGGCGUUCAAGGGAAAAAGGCCCGUAAUGAUCGGUAUACUUUUGACGCGCGGGAUGUCCUCUCGCAUUAUAAAAAUUUCUACUCAGAUAGCGAAAGGACGAUCCCGCGCUCAAGUGAUGGAGUUAUCCCUCGCCGUGAGUCGGAGAUUACUGACAAUGGCAACGACGGACCUAAUAGGCAGGACAGCCCCGCUACGAAGGAGAAUGCAGAUGCACAGAGCGGAAAAGGAGAACCGACAUUGGCCCAGUUGCCGAGUAAUAAUGAUGCGAAAGAAACAGGUUACCCCUUUGUUUGGGCAAGGAAUUUCCCUAUUGAAGCGGUUUGUAUUUGCGAGAUGGGUGCGAAGAAGCUUGAUCCGAAUGCAGAUGACAGCGGGAUGAACGCUAGGCUGGGAGAGAAGUAUACAGUUGUUGCAGAAAAAUCUUUAAAUUCUGGGACAAUAGAACAGAGAACCGAAGGGAACUCAAUGGCUGAGAGUAAUGAUGGGAGUGUUGAGGAGGGUGGUGUCAAGGUAUCGGCAUAA